AAGAAAGCGGACAGUCAUAUCCAUCCUCUCGCAAACACUACCCUUUCCAGUCCACUCACCACUUUUAUGUUCCCCCGAGGUGACCUGCAUCCUCCCCUGCCUAUACCUGUCACCUUUCUCCGCUAUCCCCCGCUUAAGCAUGGUGUUCCCGGGGAGGCUUAGCACCGGGUGCUAUGUAUGCCGUAGGCGUAAAGUCAAGUGUGAUGGAGCCCGACCGGCAUGCCAACGUUGCAUCGCACAGCAAAGGCAGUGCACAGGGUAUCCGGAUGCAUUUGCGUUCCGUCAAUACAAAGCCACCAAGGACCCUCAGCCUGGGAAGGUAGCAAUCCGGAAACGAGCGAAAAAGCCUGCGCAGAGCGAUCAGUCCGCAAGUGGUCCGACCUCACCGUCGCUGAUCGAACAAGGGGAAGCAGGUACACGUCUCGUUCUUACCAACUCUUCCCCCAGGGCACCUAGCCCUCCGGCCGCCAUAACGCCCUGUCUGGAGUGGCAAUCACUGUGUUAUUUCUUCCAUCAACAUGUUUUGCCUACUCAAAAGUCCCCUUGUGAAGGUCAUCUGGAGUUUCUCCCGGAGCUUUUCCAGGAGAAAGGCAACGACCCUUGCCUGAGACACGCUCUCCUCAGCGUAUCCUACCUAUCCCUCUAUAAUACGGCUCGAUUAAAUGAACUUUAUGUCAACGCCCGAAAGCAUUAUGGGAUUGCGUUGAAGUCGCUUACCACAGCGCUCAACGGCACGGAGACGUCGAGUCAAGACGAGACCUUUGCGGCAGCACUCUUCUUGAGCAUGUUCAUUGACCUGGGUGGCGAAAGACAGGGUGCAGUUAAUCCUCACAUUCCUGGGAUCUGCUCCCUCAUACAUCUUCGGGGCCGGCCGCAGCGCAGUAGCAAGUACGCUCGCAAGUUAUUCGGCUGGGCGUUCACGCAAAUUCAAAUUCAAGCGAUAGCCAGCAACCAGUUCCUGUAUGCCUCCUUGCCAGCUUCCAUCAAGAUGGCAUACAGUCCAGACUACGUGCUACGUUCGGGAAUCAUAACUAGUAUGAUCUCCGAGUUCUGUCAGUCAGUCAACGAAUUUCGAAUAUCCGGACAGGAUCAAAUGCCCAGUAUUCGGGCCAGGAUGCUCCAUUCCCUCCUGGCGCGGGCAUAUUUCAUCCUGGAGCAAAUCAACAUCUGGGACGAAGCCGUUCCUCAACAUUGGAAGCGCCAGUUCUCCGUCCCAACCACGGACAGAGCGAAUCAGGCGGAGCAGGCUGCCUCGCGAGACCCAUGGACCCCCUGCUUCCUGGCCGUUGUGCAGGCUGCCCAGAUAUUCUUUUUCCUCCACGUCCUGGAGUGUUCGGAAGAGUUUCUUUGCGUGGACUUCGCGCUAGACGAUGAGCAUAUUGAGAAUCUCCCUGCAGAAACCCUCAACGGGUUAGACGAUCGGAUCAAAGGCUUGAUCGAAGUAAUAUGCAACACUGUAACUUACACUCUCGGCCAUGUCACCCCCGAUGGUGAGUUCCAGCUGCACCCCAGCAGCAAGCUGGCGAAUGGAUACACGCUCCUGUGGCCCAUGUGGGUGGUGGUCAACUGUCGGCUUGCGACAGCAGAACAACUGACUCUUUGUCGGCGCGCUCUGGGGUGUGUCGGUACGACCAUGGGCUACCGGCUGGCUUCCACCUUGUGCAUGGAAGACCGGUCAGACGAUUCCAGUGUAGGCUUUCUUGACAGAGCGCCUAUGGGAAGUCUGGCAGCUGUACGAUGAAGAACGCGGAUGAAGCCUCUGAUGCCACGUUACGUGACUCGAUGAUCGUUAUACCCCUGAUGGCCAGGUCUGCAUGCUUCAGCGUGUUGUCUGCUUGCCUUUUUUUUUUAAUUCUCCUUCUCACCUUAUAAUUACCUUUGUUCAAUAUGUUGAUCAGCAUGCACAUUCUCACCUGUACAUAUCUGUUUUUCCUUUUCAAGAACACUGUCACCUGCAAAAGGGUAAUCGCCGCUGGGAAGG